AUGGAAAACUGGAAGUCGACCCCCUUGGUGAGAGGCAAGACGUGGCCAAAGCCUGGAACCGAGGCAGAAAAAGCCAUUGGCCUCAGCUCUGGCGGCUUCAGUGACUACUGGCCCAUGCCAGACUACCAGAAGGAGGCCGUGUCGGCGUACCUGAAGAACGAGGACUUGCCUUCGAAGAGCCGACGUUACAACGUCACCGGCCGUGCCUAUCCCGACAUCUCGGCCCAGGCCACGAGGUUCGUCGUGAUCGCCGGCCUGCCUAUGCCGGGUGUGUCCGGAACUAGCUGCGCCUCACCCACGGCUGCCGGGGUGAUUGCCCUGCUCAACGACCUCCGCCUCCAGAAGAACGCCUCCACGUUGGGCUUCCUGAACCCUCUGAUCUACAGCAACCUCGCCGCCUUCAACGACAUCACCGAAGGCAGCAGUUUCUCGGACUGCGGGGAGGGCUGGCCGGCCAAAGCGGGUUGGGAUGCAGUGACAGGGGCAGGGACGCCCGACUACCAGCGCCUUGCGAAGGUCGUCCAGUCCCUGCCCUCCGGCCAGGGAGUUGCGGAGCUCAUCGUCUGA